GCAAACCCAGUCAGCCUCAUUUGAAUAUCCCAUUCCCACUUCCAGAACAUUCUCUCGCCUAGGAUAUAUAGAGCAGGAGCCUGAGUUACAGUUACAUUAUCGACAGGACACAACUCAGAAGAGAAACUCUGCAAAUCUGUGCCAGAAUGAAAAUCGCAGACAUCAAAACAUCUCAAGGCUGCUGUAGCUGCUUUUGGAGACGGACAGGAUGUGGAUGACUAACGUUGUAGCUCUCUGUCUGCUGGCCGUCAUGGCCUCUGCAGAAGACAAGAAGCUGAGCAGCCAUGCCACCACACUGGCUGAUAACAGUGCCAACCUGGCAUUCAGCCUGUACCAUAACAUGGCAAAGGAGAAAGACGCUGAGAACAUCCUCAUCUCUCCUGUGGUUGUGGCCUCCUCUCUGGGGAUGGUGGCUCUUGGUGGUAAAUCCUCCACUGCCUCUCAGGUUAAAACAGUCCUGAGUGCUGACAAGCUGAAGGAUGAGCAUCUGCAUGCAGGUCUAUCAGAGCUGCUCUCUGAGGUGAGUGAUGCUAAGACACGCAACACCACCUGGAAGAUCAACAACCGCCUUUAUGGCCCCAGCUCCGUCUCCUUCGUUGAUGAGUUUGUGAAGAACAGCAAGAAACAUUACAACUACGACCAUUCAAAAAUUAACUUCAGGGACAAGAGGAGUGCAGUGAACUCCAUCAAUGAGUGGGCAGCCAAGUCCACAGACGGAAAGUUGCCUGAGGUGACCAAGGAUGUGCAGAACACCGAUGGAGCCAUGAUCGUCAAUGCUAUGUUCUUCAAGCCCCACUGGGAUGAGAAGUUCCAUGAAAAAAUGGUGGACAACCGCGGUUUCCUGGUUUCUCGCUCAUUCACUGUCGGAGUUCCCAUGAUGCAUCGCACAGGUCUUUAUGACUUCUACGAGGACACAGAAAACCGUAUCUUUGUGCUGAACAUGCCUCUGGGCCAGAAACAGGCCUCUAUGAUCCUCAUCAUGCCCUACCACCUGGAGCCCCUCGAUCGCCUGGAGAAACUGAUGACCAGGAAACAGGUGGACACAUGGAUCAGCAAGAUGAAAAACAUGGCUGUGGCCAUCUCCCUCCCCAAAAUCUCAGUGGAAGUCAGUCACAACCUGCAGAAACACCUUGCUGAGCUUGGUCUUACUGAGGCUGUGGACAAGGCAAAGGCUGACCUGUCCAACAUCUCUGGAAAGAAGGACCUUUACCUCUCCAACAUGUUUCAUGCUUCAGCAUUGGAAUUGGACGUCGUGGGAAACCCAUUCGACACCUCCAUCUUUGGUUCAGAUAAACUGAGGAAUCCCAAACUUUUUUACGUAGAUCACCCCUUUAUUUUCCUUGUGAAGGACAACAAGACCAACUCCAUCCUGUACAUCGGUAGAGUCGUUAAACCUAAGGGAGACAAGAUGCGUGAUGAGCUAUAAUGUUAAUGUGCUGAAUUGUUGUGGUAGAAAAAUUAUGUCAGGAAACUGUGUGUGUGUCUGUAUUUUAUGGUUUUCUUUUGGUAUGACUGUUACCUCUAGAGCACAUUCCAAUAGACAAUCUGUGGACCUUUUAGACACUAAAAACCUUCACAGGGACCAGUUCUACAUAAAUGUUAGGUGUCAGUUUUAUGCCCCCUUAGACUGAAUCCCACUUCAAAACAUAUGGCAGUUGACACAGCAGACAACAUGCUUAUAUUAAGUAUGAUCUCUUCUUUCUAUGUCAUACUUUGCCGAUAUUGGUCAGGUGCGUUUUCUUCCAAUAUCUUUAAUGUUUAAAGAAAAAAGGUCUUUGCACAAGCUUGUUGCCAGUUUUGUCCCACAUGUCUUCAUACACUCAGUCUUUAUUUUCCUUUGCCUCCAGUCUGCACUGAAUUGUUCCUCUGCUUGCAGUGGAAAGGUGGUAAAUAUCUGGUGCCUAAUAUAUGUUCACUUGCCAACCAUACUGUGUCUUAUUUGUCUCCAUAGGUAUUUUCCACAAAUAAGCUGUUGGAAUUGUUUGCUUGGAUUAAAAAAUGUCAAUUUUUCAAUAAAAUCAAGAAAAAUGA